AUGACUUCGGGACAAGCCUUACUCGUAAAGCUUGCCAAACUUGUCAAAGAACUUCUUCAGAAACUUCCGUAUUGGUGGAAGCUACCAAUUGUCUUGAUGAUGUUUUAUCAGAUCAGACAACGAGACUAUCUGCUAAGCAACAACUUAUUUGAUGCUUACUCUUCUCAGCAUACCGGACCGAAAUACGAUUGUCAAGACCCGCUGAUAGGUAAAUAUUACUAUAUUAAGCAUAACUUUACUCAAGAAAGCGGUUGGGGAGCAAGGGAUGGCGCAGUGGUGAGAGCGCUCACCUCCGACCAAUGUGGUGCGGGUUCAAAUCCCGGCGUCGACGCCAUAUGUGGGUUGCGUUUGUUGUUGGUUCUCUCCUUUGCUCUGACAGGUUUUUCUCCGGAUACUCCGGUUUUCCCCUCUCCUCAAAAACCAGCAUUUCCAAAUUCCAAUUCGACCAGGAAUCAGGUAGACGAAGAACCACUUUGUGGAUAUGCUACCUCCAAAUCAUUAUUUGUUAUUAUUAUUUAAUUAUUUAUUUGAAUGAGAAAAAUUUAAUACACAUAAUUACUCACCCGCCGACAAUCUGCGUACGGGACGGAAGGAAGAAAACCGUGGAAACGUGGUUGUCUAUAAGGGAGAGGAAAAAGUAGCCUCCCACGCAGGCGUUUUUAGGGGAGCUCGUAUUUCUUCCCUCCCCACAAACGCCUGCUCAACAGAGGACAACAUUCCUUUCCCAUUGUUACAUUCACGUGGUAAGUGACCAAUCAACGGUUUUUAAAUAAAGUGUUGACAGGCUAAACAUGACUCAUAAGCUCGUGAUAGUGAAAAAACGUGACCCAGAACGUGACCCGAGAGUUACCUUUUUCCUUCUUUUCUUUCGUUCGCUAAGGUUAUGCAGUGCACAGAGAAUUCUAAAAUCUGACUGAGUAAAUCUUACUUUUGCCGCUCUGAGACUAACAUUUAUUAGAGGUCAUGAAGGUUCAUGCAGAUCGCGUGAUUACCCUGCGGUCAAGGUCAACUUUCCAGAAUUUGGAAAGUACAACGUGAUUGGCUAAGCGUGGGAAAGGAAUGUUGUCCUCUGUUGAGCAGGCGUUUGUGGGGAGGGAAGAAAUACGAGCUCCCCUAAAAAUGCCUGCGUGGGAGGCUAAGGAAAAAGCGGAAAGUGGGAAAUCUAAAGGCGGUAUUUCGAAAAAGGACCAAAUGAAGGACGCCGGUUAAUAAUAAUAAUAACAGCAAUUCAUUAUCUGAUAUAGCGCUGUAUACAUGCCUCUAAAGCGCUUAACAAGAAAUAAUAUUUAACAGAGCGUUUAAAAGAGUCGAUUGAUGUUUCCUGUCUUAUUGGCAGAGGAAGACUGUUCCAUAAAAAGGGGGCAGCAUCGAUAACGCGCGAUCUCCCAAAGUCUUCUUCGUUCUUAGCCGGCCGAGGUCUUUCUAACAAUAUACCAUUAUUGUUACGGCGUAGUUGGUAACGUGAAGUCCGGUAAGACAGAGACAAGAUCCUUAAGAUAGCUAGGCGCAACACCGUGAAGAAUCUUAAAUUUAACAAGGAGAAUCUUAAAAUCUACGCGCAAGCGCACUGGUAGCCAGUGGAGUUCUCUUAGCAAAGGAGUAACGUGACAAUACUUAGGUGCGCAGUAAACCAAUCGAGCACUGGUAUUCAUGACUCUUUGAAGUUUCUUAAUUUGAUACUCAGGAGCACCGUACAAUAAACCAUUACAGUAGUCAAGCCUGCUUGUGAUGAACGCGUGAACAAGCCUCUCGGUGGACUCACGAGACAAAUACUUCCUAAUGUGCCGGAUAUUGUACAAAUAAUAAAACGCGCUAGCACAAGUCUUAGACACAUGAGUCGACAUGUCCAGAUGAGAAUCGAACCAGGUGCCCAAAUUGCGCACUGAAGAGGCAGGCGAUACCUCAGCUUGGCCGAUCGUGAUCUUGUCAACGGACACCUUUGAUAAUAUUCGAACUUUAAAAAAAAAAAGAAAUAAAAAAUCUGAUAAAAAUCAAAGAUCCUAGAUCCGGUAAAACUGGGACUUGAGCUCCUCCUCCGAAGAAGAAAUUGCAUAAGAAACGGAAAAAGUGAGGAGAAAAUGAAAAGAUCUGGCUAAAUGACAAGUCUUGAACAUCCUAUGGCGUCUUAGCUUCUAACCCUGCUUUAGUAUGAUUUUAUAUGACGUUCUAUAACUGGAAAAAAAAGACAAGAUACAGUUGGUGUUGGUAGAAAGUAAUACUUUCUGUGAAUUUUCAAUGAUUUUUUGGUUCGAGAUAAGUCUAUGACGACGAGAGAAUGAUUAGCAAAUAAUUCAAUUCGGGAACCCGGAUGAUUUUAGGUGUUUUUUAGGUCGUACUUAACUGUUCGCUGCUUCACCAAUCACUCCCCCAUCCAACUCUUUUAAACUGUUGAAUGAGAUGAUACUAAUUAAUGCCUGACAUGCCCUCAUAGGUCACAUGUCUCUGGGGUGCUUUAAAGUAAAGUAUCUAACUCCGUCAUACGAGAAGGAGGAUACAACAAUAGAAGAAUGCGUACAGCACUGCAAGGACAAAGAAUACGCGUAUGCAGGGUUUGAUCACAGUCGUCAAUGUUACUGUGUUGCCAAUCUGUAUACCUGUGAAUUAUCUCAACGCAAGUGCAGAAAAAGGGCUAACAAAAAGUGUCUACCACGGAACAUGAUUGAAGUCUUCAGAACAAGUAAGAACUGAAUUUUUUUUUUCUUCGAGAGAGUUUGCUUUUAAGACGUGCCAUCAGGUCAGAAUCUUUCCGAUUCUAUGAAAGGUUUGAACCCUGGUGUCAUUUCAUAAGUAGGUUGAGCUUGAUCCCUCAGGUGAACGUAGUCCUGAAUGGAACUGUUGCGGACAGUGACUAACGUUUCGACACCCCCCUGUGCGGUACUCAUCUUCAGAGUCAAAGUGAGUUGAUUCUGCUGCUUAGGUUGAAAUCAUAAUUUACAGUUCUCAUGUAUGAUUUACUUACCCUAAUUGCAUCUAUUGACUAACAGGUAUUUUAUGUGCAUACUUCUUGAUUUGCCUAUGUUCCGAUUGACUAGGACGUGUAUAAACUUGAACACUGAGUGACCCGAACAAAUUUAAAAGCAUUAAUUAACGGGUAAAACAGUAAAGGGAAAAUUAGAUAAUCAGUAAAUAUAUUUUUUUCCUAGUGCACUGCACCGAAAAUAUGCGAAGGUUUCGUACUCAUGACGGAACCUGCAAUGACCUGAAUCAACCAGCUUCCGGAAGCAGGUUUUACCGGUUUGGAAGGAACGUGAAUCUUACCAAGACGUAUGAGGACACUGCUCUCUUGGAACCAUGCCCCCGACAGUUAAGCAGGAAGUAAGGUUUAAUCUUAAAAAAAAGAUUUGCUCAGUGUCUUUAAAUGGAUUGUAAUUCGCAGUUGUAUAUAAAUAUGGGAAUAAGAAUUGGCAUUAAGAGCGAAACGAGGUACCUCUAUCUCUAUGCCCUUUUCCAACAAGCAAGAGGGAAUAAUAAAAAAGAUAUCGACUGUGGGGGAUAGCUUCCUUACAACGGGUGCGAUGCGAGGAUACAUAAUUCAGGUAAGAAUGGGUGUCAUGCUGUUGGUUUGUAAAGCAUGCUUUAAAAAGGUCGAGAAAAGGUUGUUAAUUAAAAAAAUUGCGCCGAAAUUACUGUUGUUAUGUGUGACCAGAACCCUAUUCAGUAUGGUUUUCGUGCUGGAGCAAAAGCGAUCAGGUAUAUUGUUAACAUAGCCUAAAAAGUACUGCCGAGUGUUCUUCACACAGAUGUUAUACUUUUUUACCCUACAGAUUGAUGGCCAGAGACACAUUUAUUCCCGCCAAGCAGUUAAACCUGUUAGCAGCCGGUUGGAUCCAGUUUAACCUGCAUGACUGGUUUGACCAUGGGCCAGUAGAUGUUUCCAGACGUAUAAAUAUAGAGCUAAAUGAAGAUGACCCUGUUUAUAACGAACAUAAAGGAGAGAUGAAAAUUCCAAGAACAAAGCCAGACAGCUGUCAAAUGUACUCGGUAAAUAAGCAAUCAGUUUAUCAUUUACGCCUAUGUUUAUUCUUAAAUGAUAGCUGAUCGAGAGGUAUCGCGGUCAAGCAGUUAGAGCGCUGGACAUGUAAAUCAGAGGACCCGAGUUCAAGUCCUGCCUUAACAAGCUGGAUUUCUUCUCGGUAGUCCCGAGUUCAUUCUUAACCUCUUCCCCACUAGCACAUUAAAUUAAUGUUAUAAUUGCUGCCCAGGAUAAAUAAAGGACUUAAAUAUAUAUCCAUAUAUACAAAUAAGCCACUGACCUCCGACGAAGGCAAUUAAUUGAUUGCUAACAGGAAUGACUAUAUACUUACCCUGCGAGCACAGCCUACAUUUUCGCGGUAUGAUCUGGCGUGCGUGCUGGCGUGCUACUUUUCGCACGCCAUCUCACACCGCGAAAAUGUAGCCUCUGCUCGCAGGGUAGUAUAUACUAUUUUCUAUUUGGUCGUUUCUAGGAUACAGACUCCCCAACGUAUCAGAAUGAUGUUACACACUGGUGGGACGGUUCUCAAUUGUAUGGUAACGAUAUCCGUACAAAUAAGAAACUGCGUAGCUUUAGGAAAGGAAAAAUGAAGGUGGGAAAAGAUGGUUGGCUUCCAGUAAACCGCAAAACUGGAAUAGACAUCACUGGUGAGUUUGAAAUACGGUCACCUGAAAGUCUUCUGUUAAUUUCAGACAGCAAAAACCCAACUCAUGGAAUACACAUCCUACAGGGUGUUUCAAAAGUUCGUUCGAUUUUUUAUUCGCACUGAUUAUUAAAAAAAACCUUUUGUAAAACUUAGUAUGUUAUUCAUUAUUUAUUUAACAUUGAAUUACUAAAAUAUUAGUAACCAGUAUGUCUUCCUGUAUGUUUUCUGACAUUUUCUAAGCGGUGAGGUGUAGAAUGUACGAGCUCCCAAGACGUCACAAGAAGUCACAUUCUUCCAGGCGAAGCGUAGUCACUGGCUUAGCUCGUCCAGUGUUUUGGGGGCUGGAUCUUCGUAUGUUGUCUCGUCUACAAUAAUCCAGAUGGUCUCUAGGGGAUUCACAUCACAUGAGUUUGCCGGCUGGUCCUCCUUUGGUAUACUGAGUUGGCAAUCCUUCUGACACUAUGCUUGCAUGAAGUGUGCACCGCCUUUUCCUCUUUUCAACUUUUUUUGGUAACUUAUCCCCUUACCGUUGUGCUCGAAACUUUGAUCGAUAAUGUGAAGUUGAAAUGUUUUUGCCUCUCUGUUUUGUGGAAUUAUUAAGCAUAUACUUACAGCUUUUUCGAUAAUAUUUCUCACACAGUUUGUGAAAAAACGGCCACGCACUCCUUGGUUUGUCCUCUAAGGUCUUUACUUUUGACCACUUGUUCGGUCAUCGUUCAGACUUCUUCAACAAUUUGACAAUUUUUUUGGACUGAAUGGCCAGAAGACCAUAAAAAUAGACGCCUGAACUCUAGUGCAAACAGUGUAGUCCUUCAUUUUCAUGAAGGAGUAGAGAAAAUGAAAGAAAACGAUAAAAAUACCAAAAUAGAAAACCUACAAAAUUUGCAGGAAAAGUAUGGCGGGAAAAACCUCGCGUACGUGUACAGUUGGCGCAAAAAUUAAAAAUAUAUAUAUAAUUUCUUCAAAUUUUAGUUUGAAAUUGCUUUUAACGUUUAUUUAGAUAAAUUUCUUGCCUGAAUCAGUUUACAUUUGCCUAAAGAAACAUUAAAUGCUUUGCGCAAAAUACAAUUUUCAAUCGGAACGAACUUUUGAGACACCCUGUAUGUAGCUCCUUUCAAAAGAUUCCUUUUCCAAGUUUACUGGAUAUAACCUUGGUAGGGAGAAUGCCUUGUAUUGCACAAUCCUUAAAUUAAUUUUUUAAAAAUAUACCACUUCUUGUUAGCUGCUCAAAAGGCGAGAAGUUCAUAUUUACGAGAUAAAUAACUAUCAAAGAGAUACAUCAAAGGGUUUUGUUUUCUCUAGGUAGAGAUUUAUGAGGAGUAUAAUGAUAUUAACUAUCACAUCAUUUCUGGGGGGUUUUCCGUCUGUCAGAAGGUUACUUAUCUAAUAGUUGUUUUAGACAAGGCAUUUCGUUCCCUAGUCACUCCAUUUCUUCAUCCUGGCAGGAAUAUAAAGGCAUAGGCAUACGGGCAAUUUUUUGCCAGGGAGUGCGGUAAUCCAUUUGCCCAAAAAAUUCUUGCAAGUUGCCCAAAUUUUUACAAAACAGUCGAAAGGAAACUAGGGCCAUGCAACAAAAUAGGCAGUACUGGCAUAUGAAAAUGGCUCGAUACAGUUUUUCAGAGUCAAUACCUGCCAAGUUUGAGCAUAAACUACGUCGCCACAAACAAGCAUUUGGAAAAAAUUGCCACCACAGUUGUAUUAGAUAAAGAGGGAAAUUUGUCAUGAUCAUGAUUGCACUGACAUCGGAGCUGUCAUAGCAACGAAAUGACGCCAUUACCUAUUAUACUUGCAGCAAUAUUUCUCACUGGGAACUGUUCUUACAAAAUCGUUCAGGGAAGCUCUUUCCUCCAAUAGUCGCCUCGAUGUUCGUGAAGUUGAAACGGAACUGUAAGAGCGUUAUCGAGAUAUUUUGGGAUGAAGUUUUUAUUGUCAGAAAUAAGGUAAAAAAGGAAAAUCUUGAUGUUUAGAAAACGGAGUUUCAAUCUUAUUAAAAACGUGUAUGAAAGAUCAUGGAGAUAGCUCCUGCCAAUUGCUAUAAGGAAGGAUUUGAUUAGCGCUCGAUCUUGUUAGGGGUUUCGUAAACAUUUCAAACAAAUUAGUGAAUAAUUUUUCAACCCUCGAUAGAUUUUUUUAAGAAAAUUAUGAUUCUUCUCGUAAUUCCAACUGAGAAUUAGUCAGCCACUUCACUUUCAGACCCAUUGCUGAAGCGUGUUCUGCCACACACUGUUCUAGGAGCGGAGGUGAUUCUAGAAAGUUAUGCGGAAGUUUAUUCUAAUCAAUUCAUGACUGGAAAUAGCCCACUCCAGCUAGUACAGUGAAGUACAGUGCCCAACAACAACAAAAAAAAAUCAGCAUAUGAUACCCUUCCCUUAUAACCAGAAACUCAUCACGUGCUAGGCAACCACUGUCUCCUGUGAACGUAACUGAAUUAUUACGCGGACUUCUGGUUAAAAUAGAAAAUAUUUAUGUCUUCAAAAUAUAAUAAUAAUAAAAAACAUGGAAACGUCUUUAAAAACUGGCUUUGCCCAAGUUUUCUCUUGCUGCCCAAAAAAUCUGAGUUGCCCAAACUUUGGGGGGGCUGCAGCCCCCCUCGUCCCCCCGCCCCGUACGCCUAUGCAUAAAGGCGCAAUCAAACCUCGCCACUCAACACUGUCCUAAACUUUGGCUUUCACUUCACUCCACGUUAGACCCAUCUCCUCCCCCUCUUUCAUCACCUUUUUCCGCCAAGUCACAGGUUUUUAGCCGGCCUUUUUUCCUCCCGCUCCCAGGUGAGUCCAUCCAGCAAGGCAACUUUGGGUAUCCUGUCACUGGGCAUUUCGUUCCCUAAUUUCAUAGUAACAGGUUAAUAAUAGAAAGACUGUUCCUUGUGAAGAAAUGAAUCUUUGACUUCUUCUAAAGGUUUUAGCAACAACUGGUGGAUCGGUCUGAGUCUCAUGCACAACAUAUUCACAAGAGAACACAACGCUAUUUGUGAUAUGCUGCUGAAGUUCCACCCUGAUUGGUCAGACCAGCAAUUGUAUGACAUAGCCAGGUAACUGAAUGUUAAAUGAAAAGGACCGCGAGUGAAUUAACCAUAUUAGGCAUGAAUAAGUUUGGUAGUCUUUUGGCACUAGGCUUGAUGAGCUGCCAAAGUUCAACUUAACAAAAAGUACUAAAGAUUUGGCAGCGCCUGAGUAAAUACUGAAAAUUGAUUAAUUUUUUUGAAAAAAAGUUCAAAAAACUGAAGUGACAUGUAAACCACUCCAUUGUUUCAGCGUAACGGCGAAUUCACUCUUGUAUACAGACCUUUAUUUCCAAUACUGCUAGAGAAGGCUACACACUAACAGUGUUAAAAACAAUACAGUCGUCAAUGCGUCGAAAUCGAUCAAUUUAGGUCGUUACUUCGAGUAAAUGUCGAAGUUGCAAACUCUCGUCAAGAAACAUAAUAAGGAAGAACAAAAGACUAGGCCACAAGACCUCUAAAGGCGGGAAAAAAAAUCGAAACAGGGAGCCCAUCCGCAACAAUAUUCUCAUUAUCGAUGUCAGACCGUUGUAAAACCCCCUGAGAGCUCUUUUUCACCCCUUGCGUACCCUACAGCUCUCUAAUUCAUUGAUUUACAGUCAUUUUGUAGAUUAAGUAAUUUGAUAACGCCCUUUUGUUUUUUACUGUACAGGUUAAUCAACACUGCCACGAUUCAGAAAAUUCACACAGUGGAAUGGACACCAGCCAUUCUAAACAACAGUGUUCUGCGCGCAGGGGUAUAUGUGAACUUUGGCCUAAGCCCAGGGAAAGAGGUUUUUGAUUGGCUUGCGGCACACAAUAUAAGUAUUGAGGCGAGCGGUGCUGUAUUGAAGCCAAUUGUUGGCUCUCCAAGUAAGUUUUACGGCGUCCCUUUCUCUCUGACUGAAGAAUUUGUAUCAGUGUACCGCAUGCAUCCGUUGUUACCAGACGAUCUGUACAUGCGCUCGAUAGAAACUGGACAAAGAACUGGAAAGUCAUAUUCUCUCCCCGAGUACUCUUUCAAAGGAGCUAAGGAUAUCUUGAACAAACACAGUGUGGAUGAAGUUGUAUACACAUUCGGGGUUGAGCAUCCAGGUGCGCUUACUCUUCAUAACUACCCAAAGGCCUUGAUGAACUUAAAGUUACCGAGGCAUCAACAGAACGGAGAGGUGAGAAAACCAGUAUGGUAGGGGGAGGGGGCUACUUCCAUGAUCACUCAUGUGGUCAGCAGCACUUUCAGCCUACACAAAGGCUCUCCUUAGUGAAAGGCAGAGAUAUUUAAUAGGUUGUAGUGCUUUACCCUCGGACAAAACCUGGUGAGACACAUUACAAAAACAUAUUUCUGCACUCGCCCUGACAAAACGCUUACCGUGGCAAAUUGAUGCACCGUUUCCCCCCUCCACUAUUCCAAUAAAACACCAGAAAUGCACACGUGAGCUGUUAGACCAGACAACUUUGAACAAGGGGCCGGGCGGUGGCGACUUUGUUCAGUUUAGAGGAGAUUGCAGCAUGGCGCGAAAUUGAAAUAAAACAUGGAAUUGUCUCAACAGUUUUGUCCGGGGUUGUAGGUGUCCGUGGAGGAAAAGAUCAACGUAAUGAGAAAAAAAAACAGUUUCUUAGGAAAAAGAUGUCUCUUUCGUUUCAGACUAUUGACCUAGCAACCAUCGACAUUUUACGCGAUAGAGAACGUGGCAUUCCACGAUAUAAUGAAUUCAGACGAUUGACAAACCUUCCUCCUGUGGAGUCCUUUGAAAAGCUUACGCCAAACAUGAAACAUUCCAGCCUGCUUAAGGAACUGUAUGACGACGACAUUGAGAAAUUAGACCUCCUGAUUGGUUGCCUAGCAGAGGAGCCCCGGCCUGACGGUUGUGGAUUUGGUGAAACAGCGUUUAAUAUAUUCGUUCUUAUGGCCAGCAGAAGACUACAAACUGACAGGUGAGUUGAUUGAUUGACUUGCAGAUUGAUUGAUUGAUUGAUUGAUUGAUUGAUUGAUCGGUUAGUUGAUUGAUUGGUUGAUUGAUUUACUGAUUGACUGAUUGGUUGGUUGAUUGAUUUUCGAUUGAUUGAUUGAUUGAUUGAUUGAUGUUUGACUGAUUGAUUGAUUGAUGAUUGAUUGAUUGAUUGAUUGACUGAUUGACAGAUGGACUGACUGACUGACCGACCGACUUACUGACUGAUUGAUUGAUUGACUACCUGACUGACUGAAGUACUGACUGAUUGAUUGAUUGAUUGAUUGAUUGAUUAGGUUUCUACAUGACUCGAUUUCAAAGAAUUCCAAACACGUUGCGAAAUAUAAAAAUCAAAUUUUCAUUCCUGGAAGAUCGCAAAUUGAACUAAGAAAUGAAAAUCUACAAGCUUAAACAAUCGGGAAAAUCAGAGCCAGUAGUGCAAGAAAAGAGUCUGUAUAGGGUGUAGACCAAAGUAUAAUGAUUAGGGCUGAGCACUGUUUUAAAAGAGGCCCCGCCGAGAUUGUUUUCUGUAGUCGCGGGUUCAAAUCCUCGUUCGAAAAAGAUUCUAAAUUGCCUACCAGUUUUAGCCCCAGUUAUAUUUGAUCAUUUGAAGGAAGCCUCUCUCCUGCAUUAAACGCGAAAGGAAAAAAGUCCCUAAAAGGAGCUAUUAGUACCUAUUUAUUGCCCACCGUAAUGGUUCAUUCUUUUAAUGUUUUUCUUUAGGUUUAUGACCGAUGAUUUAACUUCAGACAUCUACACCAAAGAGGGACUUGAAUGGAUUCAAAACGCAAAUAUGAGCAAUGUGCUUAUCCGGGCUUUCCCUGAAAUCAAAGGGCUGGAAGAAAUGUUGCGAAAUGUGGAGAAUGCGUUUUUCCCCUGGCCAGUUUGA